AUGGCAGCGAAAUCCGAUGGUCGCGGGGUCGUCACGGGUUUCGCCCAGCUGCACAACCUGGACGAGGUGGUGGGGACGGGGGAGGACGACCCGCGGGACGGCAGCUCGUUCCACAUCUGCCACUGCUGCAACACCUCGUCGUGCUACUGGGGCUGCCGGAGUGCGUGCCUGCAUUACCUCCGGAGGAAGGGGAAGGGAAGGGACGCAGCGCGACCACCGCAGGAGGAGCGCCUCUGGCUGGACUGCCUGUGGAUCGUCCUGGCGCUUUUGGUCUUCUUCUGGGACGUGGGGACAGAUCUGUGGCUGGCCGUCGACUACUACCACAAGCAGAACUUCUUGUGGUCCAGCCUGACCUUAUUCUUUGUGCUGGUUCCAUCGGUUUUGGUCCAGAUCCUGAGCUUCAGGUGGUUCGUCCAGGAUUACACCGGGGGAGGACUGGGCUCCGUGGAGGGGCUGAGCAGUAGCAGAGCUGUAGCCAGUUUUCAGAGAGACAGAUGCUGUCGCCUCACUGUCUGGGUCUGGCAGACCAUCGUGCACAUCUUUCAGAUGGGACAGGUGUGGAGGUACAUUAGAACCAUGUAUCUUGGUAUACAAAGUCACCGGCAAAAGGAGAACCAGCGGCGUUUUUACUGGGCGAUGAUGUACGAGUAUGCUGAUGUCAACAUGCUGCGACUGCUGGAGACCUUCUUAGAAAGCGCUCCUCAGCUGGUGCUGCAGCUCUGCAUCAUGAUCCAGAGCAACAAGGUUGAAAGGCUGCAGUGCCUUUCUGCUUUGUCCUCCCUUUUGUCCCUGGCCUGGGUGCUAGCGUCUUACCACAAGCUCCUGCGUGAUUCACGUGACGACAAGAAGAGCAUGAGUUACCGAGGUGCCCUGGUGCACCUGUUCUGGCGCCUUUUUACCAUCUCUUCACGGGUGCUGUCCUUUGCCCUUUUUGCCUCCGUUUUUCACAUCUACUUCGGCAUUUUUGUGGUGCUUCAUUGGUGUGCCAUGGCUUUCUGGGUCAUCCAUGGCGGCACUGACUUCUGUAUGUCCAAAUGGGAGGAGGUACUGUUCAACAUGGUGGUGGGCGUGGUCUAUGUCUUCUGCUGGUUCAAUGUACGCGAGGGACGGACGCGGUACAGAAUGGUGACCUAUUACACAGUUGUACUGUUGGAGAAUGCCAUCCUCACCUCACUUUGGUAUGCGUACCGCGACCCAGCCACCACUGACGCCUAUGCCUCUUUUGCCCUUUGUGGCGUCUUCCUGUGCUUUGCCUCUGGUGUGGCCUGCAUGGUUCUCUACUACGGCGUCCUGCACCCCAUGGGUCCCCGGCUGAGAGUGCUGGCCAGUUCCUGCUGCGCUGAGCUGCUAUGGGGCCUUCCGUUGCCACCUGAGGCCGAGCCCAUGGCUCCCACACCGGGGCCUCGUGGCUCCCAGGCUACCCCUACACGGGGUUUGGCGGGGGAGCACAUGGAAUCAGACGAAACAGCCACAGACACCUGCCUUCCGGUUUUCCAAGUGAGGUCCACUGAGCCUGUGGACGCAGCUGGUAGACCCAUCCAUCCUGAGGGUCCUCUUAUCAAAAUAGACAUGCCUAGAAAACGUUACCCCGCCUGGGAUGCACACUUUGUGGAUCGGCGCCUACGCAGAACCAUAAAUGUGCUACAGUAUAUUAGCCCAAAUGCAGUGGGCAUCAGGUAUAGGGACGGUCCACUUCUUUAUGAACUUCUACAGUAUGAAUCCUCGCUCUGAAGACUUCUAGAGUUCUAUCGCUACAUUUUCUUUUUUCCUAUACCCUCUUUUCCCUUAUUUAGAUAGUAUACUUCCAUUCUCCAGUGAGUUUUUCUUCUCUCUGCUCUGUGAUCAGAAAAUUAUCCAACAGAAGAUGUGUUUUGAAUAUCUGUCAGGACAUCCUACACACGCUGUCAGUUUAUUUUUGGAAAAAAGAAAACACGUGACACAAAGAGGAAAAAUACGAACCAACAGUAUCUUAUGUGAUAUAUACAGAUGUUUCUUAUAAAUCCCUCUACACUGACAGAGGAGUCUUUUAUAUGAGUGUGUAGAUAACAAAUGAAUGUGUCAUUACGAAAUGUGUUAAUGCAUUAUACUGUAUUGGUGAUUUAACCUGUGAAUAAUUGUGAAGGGCAUACUGUAUGUCCCUGUGAUACGGGGACCGGCACAAAGCCUGAUGGGAAUGAUGGAGGAGAGUUACAGUGGGGUCAGGUCUGAAAUUUUACUGCCAUUCUUUCUGCAAAUGAAUAAAACAAAUGACAGUGUUUACAAAGUCUUUACCCCAAGAAUAAUAAUCAUAAUUAAAAAAAUAGUUAAUAGAUUGCAAAUUACAACAUGAACUAAAACCACAAAAGGUUCGACAUACAAUAAAUUAGAUUUUUGCACACUUGCAUGGCGCAUCACCAUGCUGCUUGUACUAUUUCUGCCAAAAAAAAAAAAAAAAAAAUCAAAUCUGCAUGGUGAAAAAAAGCACACUGACCUUCAAUCUGCUACAAUUAAUUUUUACAGUGCAGUGUCCUCUAGUGGGAGAUUGCAGAUAUUGCACGGGUUACACGAUAUGCACAAUAUCUGACAGAGUUGGGGAUUAGUGGUUUUUUGUAAUUGGUAAGAAAAAAAAUACUAUCAAAACAUUCCAUAGACCUAAAAAAAAUGUUUGUUUCUGUUGUUUUUAUAUUAAAAAAGUGGAAUUGUCAAAAGCUCAAAGACAACCUUCAAGGUUUCCUCCACCAUUCCCUUUUGAAUCCUAUAAAUUAUCCUUUUAAAAUGUUCUUAUUUUAUUCCAAAAAAGAGCAAACCUCUAGGUUAAUUAAUAGCAUACACUUAUUAGAUUAAAAAAAUCGUAAUAAGUUCUAGGACAAAAGAUGGAGAGUUUGAGAUAUUUCUAUAAUGCUAUACUCUUGUGUGUAUUUGUGUCCAUAUUUAUAGUUACUGACAUAACUAUAUUUUGCCAGAACACAAACUUUUUUACAUAACAAGAUACUGCAAUGUCUAAAGGUGUAGUCCUUAACAUCCGUAUGGCCUCAAAGAGGCUACACUGGUGUGUGGAUCUAUAGGGCCACUGCUCUGACCCCUGCCGAGCAGCUGAAACAAAGCCAAAUCGUAUCAAACAGUACUGUCUUUUUCAUUUAUCCCACUGAGAUAAACAAGUUUGUGCAAAAAAAAAAAA